AGAGUUCACAGUGUGUGGGAAAGUUGGUAGUAAAAGUGCCACGUCUUCCUGGGAGGUUGGGGGGGAGUCCUAAACUUACCCGAGGCUGUUGCCGCUUUCGGCACCUUUUUAACUCUAUGAAGUCGGGGGCCCUUUCUCUGCUUUGGUAACAUGAGUUUUUUCUUGUGGAACGCGAUCUUGACACUGUGGGUCACGGCUGUGAGUGGAGCUUUGAUCCCUGAGCCAGAAGUGAAAAUCGAAGUUCUCCAAAAGCCGUUCAUCUGCCAUCGCAAGACCAAGGGAGGAGACCUUCUGUUGGUCCACUACGAGGGCUAUUUAGAAAAGGACGGCUCCCUAUUUCACUCCACUCACAAGCAUAACAAUGGUCAGCCCAUCUGGUUCACCCUGGGCAUCCUGGAGGCUCUCAAAGGCUGGGACCAAGGCUUGAAGGGGAUGUGUGUGGGAGAGAAGAGAAAGCUCAUCAUUCCUCCAGCCUUGGGCUACGGCAAAGAAGGGAAAGGCAAAAUUCCCCCAGAGAGCACACUGAUAUUCAACAUUGACCUCCUGGAGAUUCGAAAUGGCCCACGGUCCCAUGAAUCAUUUCAAGAAAUGGAUCUGAAUGACGACUGGAAGCUCUCUAAGCAUGAGGUUAAAGUGUAUCUGAAGAAGGAGUUUGAGAAGCACGGUGCAGUGGUGAAUGAAAGUCACCAUGAUGCUUUGGUGGAGGAUAUCUUUGAUAAAGAAGAUGAAGACAAAGAUGGCUUUAUCUCGGCUAGAGAAUUUACAUAUGUGCAUGACGAACUGUGAGGGUGCGCCUGCCAUUGUAUAGCGUCCAUCUCUAAAGGGAAGACAGUACCUUUAAAGAAAGUUGCAGUUUUGAACAACAUUCUGAUCUUGCUUUGUUUGCUUUCAGUUUUAUGUUAUUUUCUGUUAUUUAAGAAACCCCAUAGACUUUGUAAAUAUCCAUAUCAUUCUUUUAAGUUAUUGGGAAGAAACAGUCAUCUUUGAGUAGACUUCUGGGCCAUUCCAGGUUCACACAAAGCUUGUCUGCCCGCUUCCUUCUCACAGCAAUAUUUUGCAGCUGGAAGCGUGCCACAACAAACGGACAGGUUGUAGCACAAAUCAGCGCCCCAGGGCUUUUUCCUAUCAGGUAAUAAUGAAGUUUUUUCUUUACCUAUUUUUGAGUCCCCGCCUGAGGAGGCAUAUAGUAGGCCUCAUUCCUAAACAGUUAUGGCCUCACUGUGGAGAUGUGCAGUGUUGGAUGAUUAAUGGAGUUAGCAGCUCGUGAAUAGGUGUGCAUCGAAACAUUCUGCCCAGACUUCAUAGUGGCUAAUGGCCUAGUAAAAUAAGUCAGACAAAUCAUUUAUGUGUUUGUUUCCUUGUAAUCAAUAAUUCAAAAUAUGGUGGGCCUGGCAGAGAGUUGUAUUUAUGGUCAAUGUUUACUUUUAAGGCUACCAGAUUAGCCAGUUGGUUCUUCACUGAAUAAAGUUUACAGUUAAUACAUGAUUUCACAAUAACAAUGAAUUAUGAGAGGAGUUAGUAAAUCAACUAGAUUAUCCCAUUUCUGACUCAUUGAAAAUGAGGCCGACCUAUAUCAACUUCUAUCACUACUCAUCCUGAGUUUGAAAACGGACUUUUUUCAUUUUCUCUCAAAUUAAUGUAUCAAAAUGACGACUAAUGGCCGGGCGGUGGUGGCGCAUGCCUUUAAUCCCAGCACUCGGGAGGCAGAGGCAGGCGGAUCUCUGUGAGUUCGAGACCAGCCCGGUCUACAAGAGCUAGUUCCAGGACAGGCUUGCUCCAAAACCACAGAGAAACCCUGUCUCGAAAAACCAAAAUAAAAAAAAAAUGACGACUAAUUCUGUUUUUAAAAAUUGAUUUUAAUCAAAUUGGCUGCAGACUUCCAGAUCUCCAUCUGUUAGACAUAGGUUCUCAUAGUUUAUAAAAAUGGGUCACACGCACUGUUGUCUGACCGUUGUUGUUCUGACACCUUUGGGAAGCUGCUGGGUCUGAUGGUACCGCUUUAUGGAUGAGAGGUGCUGUUCAGAGGUGACUGAUGAGCCCAGCGCUGGUGGUUAAGCUGCGGACACAUCUUCAGUCCCUGAGUUCACUUUUCUACUUCUGUGCUAAGGAAGAAGCAGCGAGUUUGUAUGUAUCAGUUGGGCCCCGUUUCCCUUCGCACCUUUACCUCUGGGAACAGCUCCUGACUGAUCCUGGCAGAUCCCAGCUCUCCUCAGGAUUCAGGAAUGUCUGUGUUCUCAUAGAAUAAUCUUCCUAUUUGCUCCCAGUGAGAGGGGUCAGGUUUUAGUUCACCCAUUCCCAUCCCCUCCUGUUGUUUGAAGAAAUUAGAUGACUUCACCACCUACGCAUUGACACUUUCCUAGCCAAAGCAUGUCAUUGGGAAGACUAUACUCCAGGACCUGUUCUUGAAGAUUUCAGGUAUAACCGUGAAAUGAUUGUCAGCACUGCCUUUUUCUUGACCUUGGGAGGUUGUGGAAAGGCCUGUGACUGUCUUGAGAGGACAGUGGGGUGUCUUGAAGCCUGCCUUGCACCGAAGCUGCAACCACCAUCUGUGUUGGAACAAGGAAGGAGAAAGAAUCUUAAUUAUUCAAUUGUAUAAAUUUGUAUCGGUCCUCAGCUAAACAGUCAAACAAGUGUGAAAGAAAGACAUGCCGGUAAUAAUGGUUGCUUAAGCCUUUGCCUUUUGUAUAGUAAUAUCUUUGCACCCUCCCAUUAGCGGGAAUAAACACCAACUGUGACUUUAUAUAUAUGUCAUUUGACUCAUAACUGUUCCAUGUGUCAUAUUUAAAUUUCUAUGUCUAUUGUGAUACUCCUUUUGCAAAUAAAGUU